UACAGCCACUGAGUAGUAUAAUAAAGACAGCACAGUCUACAGUGGCAGUCGACAAUUGCCUGUCAAAACCACUAAGUACAAUUUAUUCCAGUUUCUUUAUCUUCAUCUCACGUUUAUUUAAUUUUUAAUCACAAGUAUAAUUAAAGUUCAAUUUACGCCAAGUACAGAGAAUAGUAGUAGCGGCCUGAUGCUUGUUUGCUGUUGUAACAAGUUUUCGUCUGUUUGUUGUGGAACUAUAGUAGAUCGUGAAUGUCGAAAACUUAGACCUCACAGUGUUCUCUAGACGUAAGAAAAAAGAGAAUUUAAAGCCUUUUAGGCACUGCUCUAGAAGUUGUACUAGUGCAUAUUCUUGCAAAUUACCCUGAGGAUUAAGACAGUGGUGGUGAACGAAAGCAUAGUAGGAGAGGAUAACAGAGUUAAAUAGGAGUUGUUGCCACUAGACAGCACCUUAAGUAGGAACCUGCUUGUAGUAGUACAAUAACGUACGAUAGUCUACAAUGCAUUGAGGAAAUAUGAAUACUUCAGCGUCAAACCUUUGAUCAAAUUAUUUGUUUGUUUAUCGAUUUUUAGUCGCUAAGUCAUUUACCAGAUUAUACAUCCUAAUAUCAUGAAAAUGGUGUUGUCUCAGCGCCAAAGAGAGGAAUUAAAUAAGGCGAUUGCAGAAUAUCUGAGUGCAAACAGCUAUCAAAAUGCCCUUGAGGCCUUCAAAAAAGAAGCCGAUAUGCCCGGUGAAGUCGAGCGCAAGUAUGGAGGCCUUCUGGAAAAGAAAUGGACUUCAGUUAUUCGGCUACAAAAAAAGGUAAUGGAGUUGGAGUCCAAAUUGUCAGAGGCUGAGAAAGAAUUCAUCGAAGGUGCACCGACGCGGGGUAAGCGAUCACCUUCUGACUGGAUACCCCGGCCUCCUGAAAAGUUUUGCCUUGCUGGCCAUAGGGCAACUAUAAACAAAGUCAUCUUUCACCCAGUGUUCAGUCUCGUAAUCACUGCCAGCGAAGAUGCCACUAUUAAGGUAUGGGACUUUGAGACUGGUGAGUUUGAACGAACGUUGAAGGGUCACACAGACAGCGUGCAGGACGUAGCAUUUGAUAUGAAUGGCAAACUGCUUGUCUCUUGCAGUUCUGAUAUGUCCAUCAAGUUGUGGGACUUUCAGCAGUCCUUCUCUUGCAUAAAAACAAUGCAUGGCCAUGACCACAAUGUGAGCUCGGUAACGUUUACAUCACAAGGUGAUUACGUUGUUAGUGCCUCCCGUGAUAAGUCCAUUAAAAUGUGGGAGGUUACUACAGGAUACUGCGUCAAGACCCUUACUGGUCACAGGGAGUGGGUCAGAAUGGCUCGAAUAAGUUCCUGCGGUGAGUUUAUCGCAAGCUGUUCCAAUGACCAGACCAUCAGGAUCUGGCACACUGCAAGCAAAGAAACUAAGGCCGAGUUGCGGGAUCAUGACCAUGUUGUAGAAUGUAUUGCUUGGGCGCCAGCGUGCGCAGGAGCAACGAUCAAUACAGCUGGUGGCACAGAUAACAAAGGCGCUUACGAAGGCCCGUUUCUUGCUUCAGGCUCACGUGAUAAGUCUAUUCGAAUUUGGGACGUUGGCAGUGGUGUUUGCCUCUUUAUUCUGCUAGGACAUGAUAACUGGGUCCGGGGUAUCGUCUUUCAUCCGAGCGGCAAAUUCAUUGUUAGUGCAUCAGACGAUAAAACACUGCGGAUCUGGGAUAUUCGCAACAAACGCAAUAUGAAGACACUUGAGGCUCAUUCUCACUUCUGCACAUCAGUAGAUUUUCAUCGAAGCCAUCCAUUUGUGGUCACUGGCAGCGUUGACCAAACAGCGAAGAUUUGGGAAUGUCGCUAGUCUUUGAGUAUACUUAAUUUUUUUGCAGUCAAGUGAAAUCAAUUACCAAGCAAACAAUUGUACGAGUAUAAAUCAAGAACCGUAUUUCUAAUAUAAUAAAAAUGGUUUCAUGACUCA